CUUCCGUUGACUUGUUUGCUAUUCAGAAUUCUGCAGAACAAUUCCGAUCGUCCUUCCGUUUUCAUUAUAUAAUUCCAAAUCCUGGAGAAAGGAUCAGCGGUGAGAAAUGGCGACGCUGCAGAGAUCAGCAACGACGUUCCGGAGAUCAGGGUCGUCGGGGUUGGUUUGGAACGAGAGGUUCUUCUCUGGAGAAUUGGCAAAGCGGCCGGCAGCGGAGCUCAGCGAACCGCUGAGACACAAACAAGCCAUGGGGCCGGCGAGGGGAGUCACCGGAGGCAUCGCCCCCAUAAGAACCAAGGGGCCGCCGACUAUAGCUGCCGCCGAGCCGCCAUCUCCCAAGGUACCUGCCUGCCUCUGCUGCGGAUUCAGCACAGGGAAGCAUAGCACGGGCAAGCGAGCCAAGAGGAGAACAUAAGUAAACAGGGAAUUGAAAUGUAACACGAUCAAAUUAUAUGAAUUAUUUUUCUGCUGUUCCAUA